AUGCGCCUUCCCCUCCCGCCGCGUCUUUGGCUGGCCGCUCCCGCCUCGGUCUCCAUGAGCCACAUCUCCAUGAGCCACUCCGAUGCGGAGCUGGCCUCGCUCACCGUGGCUGCGCUCAAGGAGCGUCUCCGGGAGCGUGGGCUGCGAGUCUCUGGAAGGAAGGCUGAUCUGAUCGAGCGGCUGUCUGCGCCGUUGUCCUCGCCUUCACCAGGGCCGCCGCCGCCGCUGCCGCCGCCGCCGCGAGCUCCGAGGCGGCCGAACAGCGCCCGCCCGCCUGUGCCCAUCGACGCGACGCCUCGAAAGGCGGGCGCCGUAGGGCCUGGCGCCCGGCGGCUGCGCGCCGCCUCGUGGAACGUGGCUGGCCUGCGAGGGCUGCUGCGCCGCGAGGAGGGGCGGUCGACGCUGCGGCGGCUGGUCGACGAGGAGGGCGUCGACGUGCUGAUGCUGCAGGAGACCAAGCUGCAAGAGAGCCACGUGGCGGAGGUCGAGGCGGCGCUCUACGAGGCGCUGGGCGGCGGCGAGGCGUGGCGCGCGGCGUGGGCAUGCUCGACGGCGCGCAAGGGGUACGCGGGCGCGGCGGCGGCUGCGGCGCAGCGCAGUCGGUCCGUCGGCGCGCCGCUCGUCUUCUGCUCGGCGCCCGCUUCGUACAACGACACGCAGUUUGCCGAG